AUGGAGGCGAAGGCUGUCGUUGGCGAGGAGGCCUACUGGAAUGGGCGCUGGACGAAGGAGCCCAUCACGGUGCCGGCGAAUGACCUCUCCGUGCUUCGCGGGUUCGGCUGCUUCGACUUCCUCACGACCUACCAAAGGCGUCCCUAUCGCACGAAGGAGCAUGUGGCGCGCCUCUUCCACUCGGCAGAGCUGCUGGGCCUCACCGUGCCUGCCACUCAGGACCAGGUGGUGGAGCUGGUGCACGAAGGCAUCAAGCGCAACGCGCACCUGCCGGAGCUCUACAUCAAGAUGACCGUUACUGGCGGCGUGGCCAAGGACGGCAAGGCCCUGGAGCCGGGCGAGUCCUCGUUCUACGUCACCUUCGGCCCUGCGGCCCCUACCCCUGCGUCCUACUACCAGAAGGGUCUCCGACUGCACACGGCCGCCUACGAGCGCUACAUUCCCAAGGCCAAGUCGCUGGCGUACAUGGCGGGCGUGGUCAACUAUCGCAAGGCUAAGGAGGCGGGCGUUGACGACGUGGUCUACGUCGACCGCCACGGGCGCAUCUUGGAAGGUCCGACGUGGAACUUCUUCGCCGUGCGCGACGGCAAGAUCCUGGUGCCGCACAACGAGCUGGUCUUGACGGGCAUCACGGCUCAGUUCGUCGAGGAGGCCGCCAAGCGGCUCGGGUACGAGAUGGUGUUUGAAGAAGUGCCCGCCUCGCAGAUCGAGUCGUUGUCGGAGGCCUUUGCCACCAGCACCACCAAGGGAGUGAUGCCGAUCACCGAGAUCGACGGCAAGAAGAUCGGCGACGGCGCCGUGGGACCGAUCGUCACUGCGCUCAUGAAGGCCUUCGACGAGGAAACGCUUGCGCCCUCGUAG